AUGCAAGGCCUCGCGCCAUCUUCCAAGCUGUCUCUGACCAUCGUGGUCGUGGUGCUUCUCCUCGGCAUGGCAGGCGCCGCCCACGGCCUGACGAGGGUCGUCGCCAGCAGCCCCGAUGAGCCGUGCAUGAACAUGACGCUCUACUACCAUAACAUCCUCUACAACGGCAACAACACGGCCAACGCGGCGGCGGCGGCGGCCACCAAGCCGACGGCGCUGGCCACGACCUACUGGAAGAACAGCACCUUCUUCGGCACGCUGAUUGUUUUCAACGACCCGAUGACGGUGGGGAAGGCGCUGCCCCUGGCCGGGGAGGAGCCGGCGGCGCGCGCGCAGGGGUUCUACUUCUACGACAAGCAGACGCGGGACUUCUCCAUCGUCGGCGGCACCGGCGACUUCUUCAUGGCGCGCGGCGUCGCAACCAUCCGCACCGAUGCCAUCGAGGGCCUCUACUACUUCCGCCUGCAGAUGGACAUCAAGCUGUACGAGUGCUACGUCUGA